CUCAGCGCACAAGUGACAGGUUGAACUUUGAAGGCAUGGUUUUGCCAUUUACUUUAACAGAUAGCGCUUUUUAACGACUUACUCGACUGAACCACGCUUAAUAUAGAAAGAUUGCUAAAGUUUCCGAGAACCCGAUAUCUCGCACCGAGGGUGUCACGACUUCCAGUUCCAGGGGGUGAGCCUUCUUGGUGCCCAAGAACAUCGCCGACUAGCACAUAAACCGACCACGACCACGACCACGAUUUUAGCUACAACCACCCUUCUGCUACACCAAUUCUCCUCCAAAAUCCAAAGUCGAAAGGUUUCCCCUCUAUUUUUCUGUUUUAGAUUCUCCUCUUAAUCCUACAAAUUAACCUUCAUUUUCCUCUUAAUUGAACCACACCCGCACCGGUUCCAGAGAGUCACCAGCAGCAUGAGCCGCUACGAUAGCCGCUCCGCCGACCCCGGCUCAUACCGAGACCGCCGGAGUGAUUCAGGUUUCGGAGGGAGCUCGAACUACCGGUCGACGACGACCACAACGAGUAGGAGACACAAUGAUGUUGCGGAUUCGCCGCGAAAAUCGGAGUUGGACGGGUUGACUCCGUUCGAGAAGAAUUUCUACGUGGAGGCGCCAUCUGUCGCCGCAAUGUCGGAGGGUGAGGUGGAGGAGUACAGAAGGCGGCGGGAAAUAACUGUUGAAGGCCGGGAUGUCCCCAACCCGGUUAAGAGUUUCCAAGACGUAGGUUUUCCAGAUUAUGUCAUGCAAGAGAUUGAAAGAGCUGGCUUUUCUGAACCUACACCUAUUCAAGCUCAGGGAUGGCCUAUGGCUUUGAGGGGCCGUGAUCUCAUAGGUAUUGCAGAAACUGGAUCAGGGAAGACAUUAGCGUAUCUAUUGCCUGCAAUUGUGCAUGUUAAUGCUCAGCCGUUUUUAGCACCUGGAGAUGGUCCAAUUGUUUUAGUUUUAGCUCCAACUCGUGAACUUGCUGUUCAGAUUCAACAAGAAGCUACUAAAUUUGGUGCUUCAUCAAGGAUUAAGAAUACCUGCAUUUAUGGUGGGGUUCCUAAGGGACCUCAAGUUCGUGAUCUUCAGAAAGGUGUUGAAAUUGUUAUUGCUACACCUGGACGGUUGAUUGAUAUGCUGGAAUCUCAUCAUACAAACCUGCGAAGGGUUACAUAUCUUGUGUUGGAUGAGGCAGAUCGGAUGCUAGAUAUGGGCUUUGAACCUCAGAUUCGAAAACUUGUUUCUCAGAUUCGUCCAGACCGUCAGACUCUUUACUGGAGUGCUACAUGGCCCAAGGAAGUUGAGCAACUUGCAAGGCAAUUUCUUUUCAAUGCAUACAAAGUGAUCAUAGGUUCAGCAGAUUUGAAGGCUAACCAUGCAAUUCGUCAGAAUGUGGACAUCGUCUCUGAGAGUCAGAAAUACAAUAAAUUAGUGAAGUUGCUAGAGGACAUUAUGGAUGGUAGCCGAAUAUUGAUAUUCAUGGACACUAAAAAGGGGUGUGAUCAAAUCACUCGACAACUUAGAAUGGAUGGUUGGCCUGCACUAUCUAUUCAUGGAGAUAAGAGUCAAGCAGAAAGAGAUUGGGUUCUCUCUGAAUUCAAAGCUGGCAAGAAUCCGAUAAUGACAGCAACUGAUGUUGCUGCUCGAGGUCUAGACGUGAAGGAUGUCAAGUAUGUUAUCAAUUAUGACUUUCCUGGAUCUCUCGAAGAUUAUGUCCACCGCAUUGGACGAACUGGAAGGGCUGGUGCCAAAGGGACGGCAUAUACAUUCUUCACAGUUGCCAAUGCGAGAUUUGCAAAGGACCUCAUCAACAUCCUUCAGGAGGCUGGACAGAAAGUUAGUCCUGAGCUGGCAUCUAUGGGACGUGGUGCACCUCCUCCUCCAGCAGCCCAUGGGAGUUUUCGAGAUCGGGGGAGGGGUUACGGCGGAGGAGGUCGGCCUUGGAGCUGAGGAUGCUGGGAUAGAGGUCAGAUCACUUUCAACAGAGAGCAGUGAAAGCGCACACAAUUAUUUAGAAUCUCAUCUGUUCAAAAACUGAUGAGCUGGUUUUUCCUGUAUGUAAUAUUUGUCAGACAGGUUGUAAGAAAUAAUUUAGAUCAUGGUUGGUGUUGGGGCAUCUUGUAGGAUUGAUCGUAGCCAUGUAGAAAUAGAGAAUUACUUCGUUACAGUUUUUUUUUUUUUUUACUUUUUAAUUGGUGGUAAGACGUUACAGUUUCGUACCUUCCGUACAAGAUUUUCGUGUGGUAGGCCGCUGAUUUUUUCUA